GCGGGGGGGAGGGGGAGGCCCCGCCCCUUCCCGCCGCGGUACCUCAGCGCGGCGCUGUUGCGGCCUCAGUCGUGUCGGUAGAAGGUGACCCCCGGGACCGCCGGACCUGCCGCUUCUCUCUCAGCCAUGGGUGAACCUAUCAGAGUCCUGGUGACUGGAGCUGCUGGGCAGAUUGCUUACUCACUGCUCUACAGCAUCGCCAAGGGAGAUGUCUUCGGCAAAGAUCAGCCUCUUAUUCUUGUGCUGCUGGAUAUCACCCCUGUGAUGACGGUACUGGACGGGAUAGUGAUGGAGCUGCAGGACUGUGCUCUACCGCUGCUGAGAGAGGUCAUUCCAACAGACAAGGAGGAAGUUGCGUUCAAAGACCUUGACAUAGCAAUUCUGGUUGGCUCCAUGCCAAGGAAAGAGGGCAUGGAGAGGAAGGAUUUACUCCAAGCAAAUUCAAAAAUUUUCAAGUCUCAGGGUGCAGCCUUGGAUAAGUACGCCAAAAAGACCGUCAAGGUUGUGGUAGUUGGGAAUCCAGCAAAUACUAACUGCCUGAUUGCAUCAAAGUCAGCUCCGUCAAUACCAAAGGAAAAUUUCAGCUGCUUAACUCGUUUGGAUCACAACAGAGCUAAAUCUCAGAUUGCUUUGAAACUUGGUGUCUCUGCUAAUGAUGUGAAGAAUGUUAUCAUCUGGGGCAACCACUCCUCCACUCAAUAUCCAGAUGUCACCCAUGCGAAGGUCAAUGUGAAAGGAAAGGAAGUUGGAGUUUAUGAAGCUAUAAAAGAUGACAGCUGGCUGAAGGGAGACUUUAUCCUGACUGUUCAGCAACGUGGAGCAGCUGUUAUUAAGGCUAGGAAGCUGUCCAGUGCGAUGUCAGCUGCCAAAGCUAUCUGUGAUCAUGUGAGGGACAUCUGGUUCGGCACUCCAGCGGGGGAGUUUGUUUCCAUGGGAGUCAUUUCUGAUGGCAAUUCUUACGGUGUUCCUGAAGACUUGCUAUAUUCGUUCCCUGUUGUGAUCAAGGACAAGACCUGGAAAUUUGUCGAGGGUCUUCCUAUUAAUGAUUUUUCUCGUGAGAAGAUGAAUCUGACUGCGAAGGAGUUAAUGGAAGAGAAGGAGACUGCUGUGCAAUUCCUCUCCAGUGCAUGACUAGGUGGUGAGGAAAUACAAAAUCAUUUAAGAGUGGAAGAAUCUAAAAGUCGUCUCUAAGUCUCCUCCCGAGCACUAUUACUGUAUUCAAGUCAACUGUCUGUGGCAAUUGUGCAUUUUGAGGUUCAUAUGCUUACCGGUACUGUUGUGCCUCUUGAGUUAUUAGCAAAAAAAAGAUCAUAAAAGAAGCAAAACUAGUGUGUUGACCAAAUUUUGUCUGUUCAGUACUAGUUGCUUUCUGCGUAUGAUGCAGAAUAAUUGUUUGCCUCUGCCUUGGCUACUAACGCACAAUUUGAGUUUUGAUUAGAAUUUGGCACUAUUGGAACACGCCCUAGUCGGUGAUCACUUCUGCAUCCCCUGGCUCAACUUGACAAUGAAAUUAGAACGUCGAGAGUUCUCCUUGAACCAGUGGUUCAAGGACUCAGGUCUAUCACUGGACAGACUCCCAAGUAUGUACUGUUCACCCUGGUUAUGCUUACGAUGUUUGUCAAUAGAAAUAUUAAAAGAUGUUUAAUCGCGUAAUGGC